AUGCCUCGAGGUAAGAAGAGUAAGCACCAGGCCCGUGACAAACGCUACCAGGAACGAGAAGAGCCCCGGAAUCCAGCAGGUGCUCAAGCCACUGCAGCAGUGGGAGGAGAGUUCUGCUCUGCCUUCUCUCCUCGUUUCCAGAGCUCAUCUGCUGCUGGGUCAAACGGCAAUCCCCAGGGUCCUCAGAGAGCCCCAUCCACUGUCACUACUGCAACAAGAUCGAAUGAAGGUGCCAACUACCAAGUGGAGGAAAGGCCAAGAUUCCCCCAGGCCCAGCCAGCCUCCGGGCGUGCCACUGAGCCCCUCCACAGAAGCCCUCUAGAGGAGAAGGUGAUGCUCUUGGUAUAUUACCUACUACACAAGUAUCAAAUGAAAGAGGCCAUUACCAAGGCGGAAAUGCUGAGAAAUGUCAUCCAAGGGUACAGAAGUUGCUUCCUUGAGAUCCUCAAGAGAGCCUCUGACCACCUGGAGAUGGUCUUUGGCCUUGAUGUGAAGGAAAUGGAUCCUUACCGGCACAUCUACAUUCUUGUCAACAAACUGGAGCUGAGCUACGAUGCAAUGCCAAGUGAUGAUGACAGAGGGGUCCCCAAGACUGGCCUGUUGAUGACUGUUCUGGGUGUGAUCUACACCAAGGGCAAUUGUGCCACUGAGGAGCAAGUCUGGCAAAUGCUGAAUGUGAUAGGGCUAUAUCAGCGGAGGUAUCACUUCAUUUUUGGCGAUCUCAAGAAGCUUAUCACCAAGGAUUUGGUGAAAGAGAAGUACCUGGAGUACCGCCAAGUUCCCAACAGUGAUCCUCCCCACUAUGAAUUCCUGUGGGGCCCAAGAUCCCACGCUGAGACCACCAAGAUGAAAGUGCUGGAAUUUCUGGCCAAGAUCCACAAUACCGUUCCGAGUGCUUUCACGCCCUGGUAUGAAGAGGCUGUAAGAGAUGAGGAAGAGAGAGCACGGGCCAGAGCAGCAGCCAGAGCUCGUACUGCUGCCAUGGCCAGUGCGCGCUCCAGGGCCAUGCUCAGCAGGUCCUCCCACACUAAGUGA